UCUUUCCUUUCCAAGAAUUGGACAUCAAAUACUUCAUUUUGCUCAUGGUUUGGUAUCACUUGUAAUCCAAAAAACCAAAGAGUCAUAGCUUUAAAUCUCCCAAACAUGAAUCUUCAAGGCAAAAUUUCACCAUCAAUAGCUAACUUAUCCUUUCUUACUAUACUUAACUUUAGUAACAACAUUUUUCAAGGCACUCUUCCUUAUGAACUUGGAAAUUUGCCUCUUUUGGAAGUCAUUGAUGUUCAUAACAAUCAACUAGAAGGAACUCUUCAUCCUUUUGUUGGUAACAUUACAAAGUUAGAGAGAUUGAGGUUAGAUGGAAAUAGAUUUAGUGGUAAAAUUCCAUCUGAGAUUGGGAAUCUAAGCCAACUUGUUGAGUUAGAUUUGUCACAUAAUCAGUUUUCAGGUUCAAUCCCUGGAUUGAUCUUCAGCAUGUCAUCGUUACGUGCUGUGUAUUUGGUUAACAAUAGUCUUUCUGGUUCAUUCUUGGUUGAUGAAAUAAAGGGUAUGAUGAAUCUUGAAGUUAUAGACCUUAGUUAUAAUCGAAUCAUCGGUGAGAUUCCUUCAAGACUUUGUCACUUCAGUAAGCUAAGAACUCUUGUUCUGUCUUACAACAAUUUAACAGGUCAAAUUCCGAGAAAUAUUGGUUGUUUAUCAAGGCUUGAGAGUUUUUAUAUAACUCAGAAUGCAAUAAGUGGUACAAUUCCACUUUCAUUGAGUAAUAUUUCCACUUUUCAAUUUCUUGGUUGUGUGAACAACCAUAUAAGUGGUACAAUUCCUCAAGAACUUGGAAAUUUACCAAACUUGAAGAUGUUGGGAUUUGAUUUCAAUAAUCUUACUGGUGUAAUACCAGAAUCUAUCUUCAAUAUAUCUUCUUUGGAGUACAUUGCUUUCAGUGAUAACAAUCUCUCAGGGCGAAUUCCAACCACUCUUGGACUUAAACUUCCAAACCUUAAAGGAAUUUUCUUGCCAGAUAAUCAACUUGAAGGACAAAUCCCAAUGUAUAUCACAAAUGCUUCUAACCUUAUUGAGCUAGAGCUGUCCUAUAACUUGUUCACAGGCAUAGUUCCAAGUGAUUUGGGAAAUCUACGCCAGCUCGAGUUCUUGAAUCUUGGUGGUAAUCAGCUUACAAAUGAACUAGGACAAGAAGAGCUUGGAUUCUUGAACUCUUUGGUGGAUUGUAGGAGGCUGCAGUUUCUGAUAUUGGCUAACAACCCCUUGAAUGGCGUCUUGCCUGAUUCGGUUAGUAAUCUUUCGUCUACUAUUGAAAUGUUUAACAUAGAGAAUGGUCAGAUAAAUGGACAAAUUCCAAGAGGAGUAGGCAAUAUAAGCAGCAUGUUAUCGCUAGUCUUGAACGGUAACCGAUUGACAGGAACCAUUCCACCAGAGAUUGGUGAGCUAAAGCAACUUCAGAGGCUUUAUCUAAGCAAAAACAAGCUACAAGGUUCAAUUCCAGAGGAAAUAUGUGACUUGGUAAACUUGGGAGAUGCAUUUCUACACGAAAACGAGCUCUCUGGGGCUAUUCCAAGUUGCAUUGGAAAACUCACUAGACUGCAAAGGCUUUCAUUUGGCUUCAAUAAGUUCACCUCAAGCCUACCUUCAAGUCUAUGGGAAAUGGAUAGCCUGAUUUUUCUAAACGUGACGCGAAAUUCAAUACAAGGGGAACUUCCUAUUGACAUUGGAAAAUUGAAAUCUAUUGAAGGUAUAGAUUUUUCAAGCAACCAACUUUCCGGUGUGAUUCCAAGUACAUUCGGAGACCUCAUAGGCCUGAGUUAUCUUUCACUCUCAAACAACUCGUUACGGAGUGCAAUUCCUUCAUCAUUUGGCAGUUUGUUAAGUUUGGAGUUCUUGGAUUUAUCUUCAAAUGAGUUAUCAGGAAACAUCCCAAAGUCCUUAGAAAAACUUCAGUUCCUUAAAGAAAUCAAUCUUUCCUACAACCAUUUAGAAGGUGAAAUACCUACUAGUGGUGUGUUUGCAAACUCUUCUUCUCAAUAUUUUGUUGGAAAUAGAGGUUUAUGUGGAAAACCUAUAUCAGAAGUUUCUCAAUGUGCUACGAAACGAUCAAAGUCUAGAAAACAUGUGCUAGUAGUUGUCAUUCCUGUGAUUGCAUCAAUUUUCCUCAUAUUUGUUGUUCUGUUCGUAUGGAUUAAGCGAAGAUCAAGAAGAACAAAACUUCAAGACCAUGAUCAAGAGUUAACAGAAAUCACAACACACCAGUUGAUCACAUACCGUGAACUUCAACAAGCAACGGAUAGUUUCAGUGGCUCUAACAUGAUUGGUUCAGGAGGUUCUGGUUCUGUUUACAAGGGCAUAUUGGCUAACGGAACAAUGGUCGCGAUAAAGGUUCUAAAUAUGCAAAAUGAGGAAGGAUGCAAGAGGUUUGAUACCGAAUGUGAAGUGAUGAGAAGCAUUAAACAUAGAAAUCUUGUCAAGGUGAUCACUACAUGUUCCAAUCAAUACGUUAGAGCCAUCGUUCUCGAGUAUAUGCCAAAUGGAAGCCUUGAAAGUUGGUUGUAUAAUAAGGAACAUCAAGUCUUAGACAUGUUUCAAAGAGUUAGCAUAAUGCUUGAUGUUGCAAUGGCAUUGGAAUAUCUUCACUAUGGUUAUGAUACACCUAUAGUCCAUUGUGACUUGAAGCCUCAAAAUGUUUUAUUAGAUGCUGACUUGGUGGCACAUGUUGGUGAUUUUGGCAUUUCAAAGAUUUUAGGUGAAAACAACUCCAUGGCACAAACUAACACAUUGGGUACUAUUGGCUACAUUGCACCAGAAUAUGGCUCAGAGGGAAUAGUGUCCACGAGUGGUGAUGCUUAUAGUUAUGGUAUAAUGUUAAUAGAGAUAUUGACAAGAAGCAGACCAACAAAUGAGUUUUUCAAUGAAAACAUGAACUUGAGGCAAUGGGUCAGUGAAUCAUUUCCAAGUUCUUUGAAGACAGUUGUUGAUGAAAAUAUUUUAUUUGGAGAAAAUGAGAUUUUCAUAUUUAGUAUGAUGGAGUUGGCUUUGGAAUGCACAAAAGAAAGACAAGAAGAGAGGGUAAAUAUGAAAGAUGUAGUGAAUAGACUUGGUAAAACUAAAGAGGACCUCUUCUUGGAAACAAAGAAGAAAAAAUCUUAUGAGUAAAAUUUUAUUUAUUUUUAGUUUAUGGUUUAGUUAUUCUUUAGGGAAAGUUACAUAUCUGAUCGCUUGAUCAAAAAUAUUUGUACUUACUAGCUACUUGUUAUUCAAUAUAUGUAUAUUGUAUACACUAAUUAUACAUAUAUCAUAUAUUUAUCGGCUAUCUUUUUCUGCGGA